AUGGUCUUCCCAGUCUCAUACGCAGAGAUGCUAUCCGAAAAAUCCGCUCAGACCCCGCGCAAGAGAUCCCCAUCAAACUCAGCAAUCUGCGUCUCUUCUACCAGCGCAGACCAAUCUUCUACAUCCUCCUCGACGAGUCAAGGCUCGAAUUCUCAAUCCUCAGCAUCUCGAAGCACGCCACCUCAACCCCGCGCAUCUUCGCCAUUUCGACAUCAUCCAAUCGAGACCGGUCCUGGAAUCUGCAAAGCACAGCAGAUCUUCCCACGCAUGGAUCUCCUGUUACCGGACGAACCCGUGGCAGUGGAUUUCGAGUUCCAGAAUUUCCAACGCAACGGUGAAAGUAAGCAACGACAUCGUCUCGGCUGGAUUGGAGUUGUGAAUACGAAAGGCGAGUCUAUUCUUGACUGUUUCGUGCGGUAUGAGCGGGAGGAAGGUGUUCGGGUCAUCAUGCCACCAAAGCGAUUCGGAGUUUCCAUGCAAGACCUUCAACUAAACAAUGGUGCGAUUCCGGCUGAGAUUGCAGAGGCCUGGCUCGCUGAUAUCAUGCGCGGUCGUCUGGUGAUUGUGCAUGGUGGAUCUGGAGGUGAUCUUGUUGCUUGCCAAAUAAUCAACCCGUUCCAAGAGGCCGAGCGGGUUGUCGACACGCAAGACUUACACUCGCGCACCAACUUGGGAGCUCUCAUGGAUGAAGUCUUCCCGCUGGAGGGGCGUGUUCAGGUUGGCGGGGUUCAUACCCCUAUCGAGGACGCACAGUCUACGAUGAAGCUAUACCUGAACAAAGUGGCAUACGACCGAGCCGCUGAGAAGGCUUCGCUGGAGAGGCGGGGAUUGGAGACGUUCUGUAAGCCAUCAGCUGUGCAAACUCGCCAAGUCCAGGAGAUGAGACGUCGACAUGCGCAGGCAUCGCAUAUGUUUCAGCGCAAUGCGAACGGCAGGGGUAGAAACGGGAAGGGAGGUCGUGGAGGCCAAUAG